CAUUGAAACAAUUAUCCAAAAAGCUCUUAAGUCAUUUAGUAUGUUUCUAUGUGGAAAUAAAUAGAAUAUCCAAAGGUUGAAGUUUCUUUUUAUAAAAAGUUCUUGCUAGCAUUUUUUGAAUGAAACCUGACUCCAUCAAAAUCAUUCCAAAAUAACAUACACGCAUAAGGAAAAGCACGUGUGUGUUUGUGACGCUGCGUGCGCAGAGAUGUCAGUGCCAUCUACAUCAAUAUGGUGGUUCGGGUCCAGACACGUUUCAGUCGCCGAUUUUGUUACAGUAGCAUCAGAGGCAUUAUUACCACAAAGAGACGUUCGUCGAGGAUUUGCAUGGAUUUGACCUCGUGAGAAAUUAUCAUCUAGAAGAGACAGUGUUCGGACAAGACGCAAUAUACAACAUGGACGAUCAGUGGGAGCCAGAUGUGGACAUCAACAAGGACUUCGAGUUCGAUGUUCGCCAGAACAAGUGGGAAGGCGAGGAUGAGGAGGAGGAAGUUUUGGAAAGCUGGGAGGAUAUGAAUGAAGAAAAGAAGGAUGUGGAGAAACCAAGUCAAGAAGUUCCAAAGGCCAAGCCAAAGCCUAAGAAAACUUUAGCAGAAAAAAUUGAAGAAAGAGAGAAAAAAGCUAGAGAAGAAGCUGAAAGAAAGGCAAAGGAGAAGGAAGAAGCUUUGACACCUGAAGAGCGAAGAGCUGAUAUACUCAGAAGACAAAAGCUCCAAGAAGAAGCUGAUCUGCGACUUGCAAUGGAAACUUUCGGUGUGACAGAAGGAACGGGUCUUGAUGCCAUGAAUCCUGACACUGCGGAUGAGUUCAAGCAGUUUGGCGAUGCAUUGAUAACGAAAAUCAAUCAGUUCAACCAGCAUACGGAGUUCGCAACUUUCGCCGAAGAUUUAAUAAAAAAUAUUUCUUUAUCUUUAUCAACUACUUCUUUGAGAAAAGUAAAGUUGAUAGUUGAAAGUUUGCACACUGAAAAGGUGAAAAUGGAUAAAGAAAAAGGCAAGAAAAACAAAGGCAAAGGCAAAGCGAAAUUAAAAAUUGAAGGCGAUGACGAAUACAAUGAUUUUACUGCAUACGACAAUGAUUACGACGAUUUCAUGUAGCGGCUUUGUACAACUUUGCAUUCUAGUCGCGCGAUUGAGUUGUUACGCAUACACACUACAGAUAUGAACAGAAUUGCAGGAGUACAUACGGUGUUUGCUGUGCGAAUAAUUGCGAGAAAUGUAUAAACUGCAGAUUUAAUCCUAUACUACGAGUAGGUGAAAAGAGUACACGUUGAUUUCAUGUAUAAAAUAACGAUUUUUAUAUGGAGCCAUAAUUUUGUUAUUAUUAGUUAUAAAAAAUUGAUUGCAAAACAAAAUAUUUGAAAGUAAAAACGCCAGAUGCUCCUCUCUUUUAUAGGUAGAAUAGAGGAUCGAGCCAAAUUUCAUACAGAAAUACAGUGUAACUCAAUUUUAUAAAAUAAUUAAUUAUAACAUGAAUAUGGCACUGACGAUAACAAAUCAACGCCAACACGUGUAAAGUUCAGUUUAUGAGAGUGAUGAAGGUGUUGAAGUCUAAUAAUCGUAAUAAACGUGAAAUAAAACAGAAGUGCUAUAGGCUUUGUUACAAACAAUUUGUAAAUAAUCUCUAUUUACUUGAACGAAACGAUACAUAAACAGUUUUCAAUUGUAUUUGUAAUAUUGAAAUACUUCGAUUUUUCCAGUCAUCAGUUUGAUUAACCAGAAACUAGCGCGCGCGUUUAUCAAGUUAAAUCAGUUACAAGCUAAAUAACUAUACAGAUUUUAAAAUCAAUGUUGUUGAACAAAAUACAUUAAUAAUAGGUUGUACUACAACACGAACCUAUGUUGCUGCGCUUUGCAUUAUCCACUUGAUAUGAGAUAAUAAAUGUGCGUGGGCAAUGUGCAAGUCGGUAAAUAAUGUACUGGUGCAUGUCCAGUUGCUAAAAAUUGAAAUCUUACAGUACAUAUACUGAUAUUAUAUGCUUUUAAUUAUAUUCUGAAAAUCUUUUUUAUCGGGUGCGAAUUACAUUUAAUACAAAUAGGAAAGUAAGUUGAUUGAAACUAAUAAUGUAUGAAAAAAGAAAAAAAAAACCGUUCACAUGGCUUUCUUUAAGUUGAUCACACAAAAAUAGAUUAAUGUUUAGUUUGAUACUUGGUUUUUAUCCUCCAGUCUUUGUCAUUUAUUGUUAUUAACAAUCUCGAGAAUCAACGACUGAUUACAAGAAACCCAAUCUUAUUUUGUCCAAUUUGACAUUGGAUAGCUAUAUGCAUAUGCCAUAGACUUGUAUGUACCUAUACUUGAACAACUGUAUAAAAAUGCUUCAUGUCGGGACUGGAGAUGAGUUGGUUUUGAAAAGAUUAUAU